AUGUUAUGUAAUAUUUCCAAUAUUCAUGAAUACGUGACCACAGCUUUGAAAUAUUAUGGAGGUACUUUUAAGUUUAGAGGACCCUUAUUCACAAACAUCAACUUUUACUUCACUAGUGAUCCUGUAAACGUGCACCACAUUACAAGUAAGAACUUUGCCAACUACGGCAAAGGUUCUGAGUUUCAUGAGAUCUUUGAAAUUCUUGGAGAUGGAAUCUUUAAUGCUGAUUCAGACAAGUGGAAGUACCAGAGGUGCAUAUUACAAUCAUUGUUUAAGCAAAGCAUCUUUGAGAAAUUUGUUAAAAAGGUCAUUCAUAAGAAAUUAGAAUGUUACCUACUUCCACUUCUGAAUGACAUUUCAGAAUCAAGAACUAUUGUGGACUUGCAAGACAUCUUUCAAAGGUUCACUUUUGAUAGUAUUUGCUCCAUGGUGUUGGCAUUUGAUCCCAAUUGCCUUCCUAACAAGCUCACUCAAUUCCCUGAGGUUGCUGUUGAGAAAGCUUUCAACAAAAUGGAGGAUACAAUUCUCUACAGACAUCUGGUCCCAAGAUGGUUCUGGAAGUUGCAGAGAUGGCUCCAAAUUGGACAUGAGAAGGACUCCAUUGCUAUCCUUCGAGUUGCCGAGCAAUUCUUCCAUGAUCGUAUAUCAAUCAGUCGGAAAGAGAAAAGUAGAUUCAACUACACCAAAGAUGAUGAAUCAAACUUUGACAUGCUUAAAGCUCUUGUGGAGGAAAGUGGAAUGGAACAGGUAGAUCACAAGUUUUUAAGAGACAUUGCAGUUAAUCUCUUAGCAGCUGGAAGGGACACAAUUAGUGCAAGUCUAUGUUGGUUUUUCUGGCUUGUUUCAACUCACCCUAAUGUUGAAACCAAAAUCCUUGCAGAAAUCAGAUCAAACUUCAAAACUAAUGAAGAAAAUUGGCGGGUGGAAGACCUUGACAAGCUAAUUUACUUGCAUGGAGCCAUAUGUGAAGCUCUGAGGCUUUUCCCUCCGGUGCCAUUUGAGCACAAAUGUGCCAUCAAAUCUGAUAUACUUCCAAGUGGAGAUCGUGUUGAUGCAAAUACUAUGGUGUAUUACUCCAUAUACUCAAUGGGAAGGAUGGAACAAAUAUGGGGAAAAGAUUGCUUGGAAUUUAAGCCAGAAAGGUGGAUUUCGGAAAAAGGAAUCAAUAUACAGGUACCAUCAUACAAGUUCAUGGCUUUUAAUGCAGGCCCCAGAAGUUGUUUGGGCAAAAAUAUAAGCUUUAUCCAGUUGAAGAUCAUUGCCAUUGCUUUGCUGUGGAACUUUCACUUCCAAGUGGUGGAAGGGAAUUCCGUAUGUCCAAGUGUUUCCAUUGUGCUACACAUGAAGCAUGGGUUGCAAGUCAAGGUUACUAAAAGAGGCAAUUGA